AAUAAAAUAACUUGACAAUGUAAAACAGUGCCUCUAUCUGGGGUCAAGGCCAGAGCAAUGGACACCUUAUCCCACUCAUCCUCUUCCUCUGAUAAAGCCCCAACCAGUACUAAAAAGACUUUUUCAUAAGAGCCAAAGGCCUUUUUUAAAGGGCUUGAAAAAGAAGUAGACAAAGGGAAACUGAAAUCAAGAGGAUUUUCCAGUCUGUCUCUGGUGGCUGGUUCAGAAGGAUGCCUCAGUUCCUGCUUUUCGCCUGCCUCUUCAUCAUAGCUACACUAGUGUCACCAAGGGCCCUAGACCCUUGCUCUGCUUACAUCAGUCUGAACGAGCCGUGGAGGAACACUGAGCACCAAUUCGACGAGUCUCGAGGUUCCCCUCUAUGUGACAACAGUGUGGACGGGGAGUGGUACCGCUUCACAGGCAUGGCGGGGGAUGCUAUGCCCACCUUCUGCAUACCGGAAAACCACUGCGGAACCCAUGCACCUGUCUGGCUCAAUGGCAGCCACCCUCUGGAAGGUGAUGGCAUUGUGCAACGCCAGGCCUGUGCGAGCUUCAACGGCAACUGCUGCCUAUGGAACACCACUGUGGAGGUCAAGUCUUGCCCUGGAGGCUACUAUGUGUACCGUCUGACCAAGCCCAGCGUCUGCUUUCAUGCCUACUGUGGCCAUUUUUAUGACAUCUGUGAUGACGACUGCCAUGGCAGCUGCCUGGGUACCACUGUGUGCACAUGUGCUCCAGGAACCGUGCUAGGCCCCGACAGACAGACAUGCUUUGAUGAAAAUGAAUGUGAGCAAAACAAUGGUGGCUGCAGUGAGAUAUGUGUAAACCUCAAAAAUUCCUAUCGCUGUGAGUGUGGGGUUGGCCGUGUGCUAAGAAGUGAUGGCAAGACAUGUGAAGACAUUGAAGGAUGCCACAAUAACAAUGGUGGCUGCAGCCAUUCUUGCCUUACAACUGAGAGAGGCUAUCAGUGUGAAUGUCCCCGGGGCUUGGUGCUGUCUGAGGAUAACCACACUUGCCAAGUCCCUGUGUUCUGCAAGUCGAACACCAUCGAAGUGAGCAUCCCCAGGGACCUGGUUGGCGGUCUGGAGCUCUUCCUGACCAACACCUCCUGCCGAGGCGUGUCCAAUGGCACCCAUGUCAACAUCCUCUUCUCCCUCAAGACGUGUGGCACAGUGGUUGAUGUGGUGAACGACAAGAUCGUGGCUAGCAACCUGGUGACAGGUCUACCCAAGCAGACCCCAGGCAGCAGCGGUGACAUCAUCAUUCGAACCAGCAAACUGCUGAUUCCUGUGACCUGUGAGUUUCCACGCCUGUACACCAUCUCCGAAGGCUACGUUCCCAACCUUCGCAAUACCCCGCUGGAAAUCAUGAGCCGCAGUCAUGGAAUCUUCCCAUUCACUCUGGAGAUCUUCAAGGACCAUGAGUUCGAAGAGCCUUACCGGGAAGCUCUGCCUACUCUCAAGCUGCGAGAUUCCCUCUACUUUGGUAUUGAGCCCCUGGUGCACGUGAAUGGCUUAGAAAGCCUGGUGGAGAGCUGCUUUGCCACUCCUACAUCCAAGAUCGAUGAGAUCAUGAAGUACUACCUCAUCCAGGAUGGCUGUGUUUCAGAUGACUCAGUAAAGCAGUACACAUCCCGGGAUCACCUCGCAAAGCACUUUCAGGCCCCCGUCUUCAAGUUUGUGGGCAAAGACCACAAGGAAGUUUUCCUGCACUGCCGGGUCCUGGUCUGCGGGAUGCUCGACGAGCGCUCUCGCUGUGCUCAGGGCUGCCACCGGCGAGUGCGUCGUGAGGCAGUAGAAGGAGAGGAUGCCGCUGGUCCACAGAGCCAGAUGCUGACAGGCGGGCCGAUCAGCAUCGACUGGGAGGACUAGGACAGCCCACCACCCAAGUCCCUCUGCAGGCGGCCUGUCUCUCUGGAAUUCUCCCCUCGCCUUCUGAGAGCAUCAGUUGACACUCUAGAGCACCAUGCUGCUUUGAACCUGACACUUCGGGGUUAGACAAACCCCCAGAACCGACUCACUCUGACUCCAGCCCACUGGGUCAGGAAAAGUCACCUCACUGCUGACCAGCCUGUUCCAGAUGGAACUUCUUCCUCCUAAUGUGGAAAGCUGUGCCAUGCACCCCCAAAACAGCUCACUCCCAUGCUCCCCCAUUUCUUUCCUGCAAUAAAACACCUAGAGUAGGCUACAGUAGCACCACCACUAAAAUCAGAAGUUGGGUAUAUCAUUUCAAAUUAGGAAUUUAAAAAAUGAAAUAGUGGCUUGAACUUAUGACUUAAAUACCCACUGACUCCUUAAAUAUGUAAACAAUAAUUAUACCCUAAAAUUUCCAUUCAAAUACAGAAUAGUUAUAGGGGAUUUGGAAGUUUAUCACUGUAAGUAUGUACUAAAAAUAAACUAUUUGGAUUUUCUCCUGCAUAAUAUUUUCCUCUGGGGUUUUUAUGUUGUCUUAAGUAAACUAUUUUCAAUUAAUAAAUGUUAAUAAAUUCAUUAACAUGGA